GACACGAUAAUACAGCAACCAUGAGGUCUCUGGUCUUCAUUCUGCUCAUCGGAGCUGCUUUUGCCACGGAGGACGACAAGAUCGUCGGAGGGUAUGAGUGCACGCCCUACUCCCAGCCCCAUCAGGUGUCUCUGAACUCUGGCUACCACUUCUGUGGAGGCUCCCUGGUCAACGAGAACUGGGUUGUGUCUGCUGCUCACUGCUACAAGUCCCGUGUGGAGGUGCGUAUAGGCGAGCACAACCUCAGAGUCUAUGAGGAAACCGAGCAGUUCAUCAGUUCAUCUCGUGUGAUCCGCCACCCCAACUACAGCUCCUACAACAUCAACAACGACAUCAUGCUGAUCAAGCUGAGCGAGCCCGCCACCCUCAACCAGUACGUGCAGCCUGUGGCUCUGCCCACCAGCUGUGCCCCCGCUGGCACCAUGUGCACAGUCUCUGGAUGGGGCGACACCAUGAGCUCCACUGACAGUAGCAGGCUGCAGUGCCUGGAUCUCCCCAUCCUGUCUGAGAGGGACUGUGAGAACUCCUACCCUGGCAUGAUCACCAAUGCCAUGUUCUGCGCUGGAUACCUGGAGGGAGGAAAGGACUCUUGCCAGGGUGACUCCGGUGGCCCCGUCGUGUGUAACGGUCAGCUGCAGGGUGUUGUGUCCUGGGGCUACGGAUGUGCUGAGAGGGAUCAUCCUGGUGUCUACGCCAAGGUCUGCAUCUUCAUCGAUUGGCUGGAGAGGACAAUGAGCAGCUACGGAUUGGCUUCUCAUCGACCAAUGAGGAUUGCCAGAGAGCAGGGCAGCUCAUCUGCCUGUGGAUAUAAACCCAGGAUCUUGAUGAAGUUUUGUCAUCGACACGAUCACACAGCAACCAUGAGGUCUCUGGUCUUCGUUCUGCUCAUCGGAGCUGCUUUUGCCACGGAGGACGACAAGAUCGUCGGAGGGUAUGAGUGCACGCCCUACUCCCAGCCCCAUCAGGUGUCUCUGAACUCUGGCUACCACUUCUGUGGAGGCUCCCUGGUCAACGAGAACUGGGUUGUGUCUGCUGCUCACUGCUACAAGUCCCGUGUGGAGGUGCGUAUGGGCGAGCACCACAUCAAGAUCAAUGAGGGAACCGAGCAGUUCAUCAGCUCCGAGCGCGUCAUCCGCCACCCCAACUACAGCUCCUACAACAUCAACAACGACAUCAUGCUGAUCAAGCUGAGGGAGCCCGCCACCCUCAACCAGUACGUGCAGCCUGUGGCUCUGCCCACCAGCUGUGCCCCCGCUGGCACCAUGUGCACAGUCUCUGGUUGGGGCAACACCAUGAGCUCCACCGCUAACAGAAACGUGCUGCAGUGCCUGGAUCUCCCCAUCCUGUCUGACAGGGACUGUGAGAACUCCUACCCUGGCAUGAUCACCCCGGCCAUGUUCUGCGCUGGAUACCUGGAGGGAGGAAAGGACUCUUGCCAGGGUGACUCCGGUGGCCCCGUCGUGUGCAAUGGUGAGCUGCAGGGUGUCGUGUCCUGGGGCUACGGAUGUGCUGAGAGGGAUCAUCCUGGUGUCUACGCCAGGGUCUGCAUCUUCAUCGACUGGCUGGAGACAACCAUGGCCAGCUACUAAGUAACGAAAGCAAAGUUCAGUCGAUCAGCUCAACAUCAAUUGCUGUUCAUGCUCCAUCUUUUGCACUGGACACUAUGACAAAUAAAACUAUUCAAAGCAGAA